UUUAUGUUGAACUUUAUAGUCCCAACUAUUUUUUUUAUACAAAUGUUUCAUCAACUUCUUACGAUACAAUUUGAUACCAGAAAUCUGUACAGCAAACUAAUAUGAAAGAUCAACUAAUCAUAUUUCUCAGAGAAUUUUAAUGGGCAUAAAACAACAGGAUAUUUUGUACGUUUCAAUUUAUAAGUUGCAAAGCUCAUCAAUCUUAAGCGCAACAAUAUUUUUAAUCCUUGAAAGGUGAGAGAAAAAUUGCUCUUUAAAUGAUUAAACCAUUGCUAAAAGACAACUGAGAAUUGAAGUGGUAUUUAAUGACAAAUGUAUGCAACCAAUGUUUUUUUAAUUUACUUAUAUAUUUGUAUAAGUUGUGUUAAGCAUCUCAUUAUAAAAAGUAUCUUAAAAAAAUGUAUAAAUUGUAGGAAAGAAUGGUGUUGGAUUAGAAAGGAUUUGGGGUUUUAUAAAUGUGUGUCAAUCAACUACUAGUGGUUUUAGGACAAAUGGGAUCUAAAAGAUUGGUACGAAGUAAGGAACUUGCACCAGGGUUCGAAGGAUUUUGGGCUGGACUAACUGUAUUCUUUGUCGGCACCACACUAGAUGGAAUGCAAUGGAAGUUUGGAUAUUCAGUUCAUAACAUGACUCGGGCAAUGGAGAAGCAGAAGAGAAAGACAGAACAUUGGAUACGACCAUUGACUAUGAAAAGGGUAGCACUUGGUCAAUUCUACUGUCUGUUUGGGGAACUUCGACGCUAUCCUGCAGGGCCUGUUCUGAACUUCCACAAUAAAUUGGUCCGCGUCCAUCCUAGAUCAGCUUUCUUCCUGCCUGACUGCUUGCCUCUUCUGUUCUACUCUUGUCUGUCAUCAGUGUGGCGCACCCCCUUUACAUUGCACUGUUUUGAUCAGUUUAGACGGAACCCAGUGGAACAUUCUGUUGAUGGACGAUGGUGCACUAACGGAGCUCGACAGAGACAUUAUGACGGAAAUUUCCAUAACAGAAUUUCCAUUCGGUCUUUCGUUGGCCGUGUGUUUUGAAUGUAAGCUUGCAGUAGAAUGUAUUGUAAUGUGCAGUAGAAAUUUCUGUCGCGGAAACUGUCGUCACAUUCCAUCUAGUGUGGCACCGGCCUUAGAGUCAAGUUAGAGGUUCCAAGUAAGUUUUUCGUGGAACACAUUGAUAGCUGGGAUUUAUUUGUUUAAAAAAAAUAUAUUUUCUGAGAAAUCACCAAAUGCCAUUCAUCUUUCAUAAAAGCAUUUCUUAGC